CCAUGCCGUAAAAUAUUUUGUACGACCUGCCUGUGAAGAGAGACAGAAGGCCUUAAAGCUUAUAAAUUUAUAGACGAUGAAAGUAGGGUUGUCAAAACGCUCUUUCUUUUUGUAGACAGUAUUGUAGUCCUUCUCACAAUGAUCAUAGAAAAUGUUGAAGCCUUGAAAUCGUGGCUGGCAAAGCUCCUGGAGCCGAUAUGUGAUGCUGACCCCUCUGCAUUAGCCAACUAUGUAGUUGCUCUUGUGAAGAAGGACAAACCAGAGAAGGAACUGAAAGCACUUUGUGCUGAUCAGCUUGAUGUCUUCCUACAAAAAGAGACUGUGGGAUUUGUUGAUAAGCUUUUUGAAUGUUUGACGACCAAGAACUACCUGGGAAAUCCUGCUGCCAAGGAAACUCCCAAAGAGGAGAUUAAACUGCCUGCAAUCAAGGCUGAAGUUGUUGAGGCUGAAACACCCGAGGAAGAGAACAGGCGAAGGAGAAGUCCUCUGAGAAAUCGCUCUGACUUCAAUGAGUCCAGGAACCGCGAUGAGAGGAGGCGAGACGAGCGCAAGCGCCGUGACUUUGAUCGGCACGGGAAAAGCGGCAGCGACUCCCACCGGGAGCGCCAUGAGCGGCGCAGGGGCAGCCCCCGCGGGAGAAGCUACAGCAGGAGCCGCAGCCGGAGCGGCAGUCGUGGAAAGAGCAGGGAUAGGGAGCACAGAGGAGGCAGAGACUUCAAGUCAAAGUUUGAGGCAGAAAGGAAGGACACUGACGGAUACAACUCUUCCACCACAUCCGGCUCUCAGCAGCAGCAGCAGCAGCAGCACCCGCCACCUCUCCUGCCCUUACACACACCUCUGCAUCCCUUUUCCUCUUCUUCCUCGUCUUCAGGAGCUGGGGGUGUACCGGUAGCAACACUGGCUCACUUGCCCGACAGCACUACAGACAGCUGGUCUAGCUACUACGGAACGAGGCAAGAUGGUGUUUGCAAACCUUUCAGCAAGGCUGCUUCACUCAAACAGCGCUGCAGGGAUUAUGAUGAAAAAGGAUUUUGUGUCCGUGGUGACCAUUGUCUCUAUGAUCACGGCAGUGACCCCCUCAUAGUCGACGAUGUCAAUCUACCAAAUAUUAUUCCGUUCCCACCCCCACCGAUUCUGCCACCCGCCGGGCUGCCCAUGCCCCCCAUCACUGAACCACCUCCCUCCCUCAGGAUGCCUUCUAUGCCACCCUAUGGCCAGCCACCACCACCAGGUGUUUUCCCUAUGACAGGACCCCCACUGAUAGCAACCAGUGGGAUUGAUACCCCCAACCACCAAUCUGCAAUCACUUCUUCUCCUCCCGUCGGACCGCCUGGUGUGGGCCGACCUCCUACACUUCCUCCUCCUCCUCCACCUCCUUCCUCGACCUCAUCUGUGUCUCUUCGUCCCCAAUAUGUCCAGUCUGAAUACAACUACGAUGCAGAAGGCUACAACCCAGAAUCUCCAGGCCUGACUGUAGCAGGACGUAACCCAUAUCGUCAGUUUAUUCCCCGGGUGCAGACUCAACGCUCCAACCUCAUUGGCCUCACCUCCAGUGAAGGUCAAGGCUCCAGAGCUGCCAACAUAGUGAUCCAGACAGAGCCAGCUACUGCACCCAGCACUCCUGGAAGUAACGUGUCCCGUUUCAACACAGAGCAGGACAGCAGGAAGAGGACCAUGGGACCCAGUACAGCUGAAGGGCCAGCACCUAAAAAACCCUGGAUGGAAAAGCCGAGCUUCAACAACCAGCAUAAGGGUGCUUUUCCCAAGAGGACUUUUUACGUGAACACAAAGUUGGAGGUGCGCAGGAUCCCGCGCGAGCUCAACAACAUCACCAAACUCAACGAGCACUUCAGCAAGUUUGGAACCAUCGUCAAUAUACAGGUUGUGUUUGGCGGAGACCCAGAGGCAGCAUUGAUCCAGUACACAAAGAAUGAAGAAGCCAGACGAGCCAUAUCCAGCACAGAAGCGGUCCUUAACAACCGCUUUAUCCGCGUGUACUGGCACCGCGAGCUUGGUGCUAAUGCCACAGGCCUUCAGCAGCAGGAGCAGAGCUCAGGGAGCCAGGUUGCCGGGUCAGUGCCCAACCAGGGGCUGCAGCACAGCAACAUGCAUAAAGGGAUCAAGCAGCACAAUCCAGCUGCUUAUGUGUUGAACAAGACUGUACCCAAGCAUCAUCUGUCUGCAACAGCUGGGGCCACGACAAAUGCCAAGUCGGACAACCUGAAUCCAAACACGGACACGGCUGCUGUGGUGCCUGCUACUACGAACACCCUGAAGGGACACUACACUUCCACAGCCGCCAAGUCUUCCUCAAAGAGCCUUGGGAAAACGGGAAAAGCACUGGAAGCACAUGAAGCUCUCAAGAAAAAGCAGGAGGCACUAAAACUCCAGCAAGACAUGAGAAAGAAGAAACAGGAGAUGUUAGAGAAACAGAUUGAGUGUCAGAAAGCGCUGAUAAGUCGGCUGGAGAAAAACCGAGGCAUGAAACCUGAAGAGAGGGCCAACAUCAUGAAAACGCUGAAAGAACUAACGGAAAAGAUUACCCAGCUCCAGAAUGAAAUGAACCUUGCCUCCCAGGUCUCAAGCGCCAAAACUAACCACAGCCAGCCCAAAACCAAGACUGAUGCCCACAAGGAGCUGCUAGAUGCUGAGCUGGACUUUCACAAGAAGAUGAGCUCUGGAGAGGAUACAACAGACCUCAAAAGAAAACUGGGGCAGCUACAGGUGGAGGCAACACGUUUGGGUUUGAUCUGGCCUCCAGCAGGUCGAGGUCGCGGCCGAGGAAAGCUGGGCCCAGAUCCUGGUGCGAUGCACGUGGGCCGUGGCCGGAGUCGAAACCGGGAAAUGAUGGCGCGCGGCGGGGCUGUGAACCGUAUGGUGGUUGAUCACAGACCCAGAGCCCUGGCUAUUUUAGGGGUCACUCAGGAGGAAAAAGAAGAGCUAAUGCCGCACUUUGUGAAAUUUGGUGAAAUCGAGGAUCUCCGUGACCAAGACGCCAACAGUGUCGUCAUGACCUUUAAGACACGGAGUGAAGCAGAGAAUGCAGCAAACCAGGGAGCUAAGUUCAAAGGUCGUGUUCUGCAUAUUUCCUGGUACAAGCCCAAGACGCCCUCUGUUACAACGGAGCCAGAGGAAGAGGAGGCUAAAGAUGAGGACAGUGCGAAGGAAGCUAGCUCUUAUUUACCUGGGGAGGAAGAGGAAGAAGAGGAGGAGGAAGAGGAUGACGAUGAAGACGAUGAGUACGAGAGUCGAUCUUGGAGGCGAUAAUGACAUUCGUCAUUAUCAUUCACUGCUCUCCGGCAGAAUCAGUGGUCCCCCACUCCCACUCCCACGCAGAUUAAAAUUGAUGUAAAGGAACUCGCAUUUUUUUUUUCCCUUUCCAGUAUUUUCAAAGUAAUUUUAGACUCUAAUCAAAGUAAAAGGAAAAAAACGUCUUUACUUUAUUGUACAUGAAAAGAAGUGUAGAUGGUCAACAGUUUUUUGUAUCCCUCAACUAAACAGUUGUUUAAAACAUCUCACUUUUGCUGAGAAAGAUACAUGUUUAGUUGUUCUUAUAGCUAGAAAAACUUAUGUAAGUUUCUGUGUGCUUACCAGAUGGACAAUAUCAGUAAUGCACAACAUUUGUGUCGACUGUGAAUAGGUAUUUUUAUACAUACUGUAUUUAAGCUCUUUUUCUCACCAGUUUUUGUAGAAUCUUGUCCUCCGUUCAGGGACAGCCAUUCCAUCACCAACAGAACGUUCUCUGCCGCUACCACAGAGAAAUUUAUUUAUUCUUUUUCCACACUGCAUAAAUGCACUGUGCCGUACCGAUAUUGGCAAAGUAUGGUACAGCUUUCACUUUGCUCAUAGUUUUGAUGUGGUAAAGCCCAACGUGUUAAAGGAUUGCAUCUUUCUUUUUCCCUAAAUGUGUGCUGGUAUGAAUAUUUGCCAGUGCACAUGCAUGUUGGUGUUCCUAAUAAACAGACCGACCCAUAGAGAUGCUGCACCGUGACCAUACAGCCAGUGCAGGUACAAUAGGAUACCAGUGCAAUAAAAAAAAAAACACAAUCAAUGUUUACAAACUUCCAUGCACUUCAUAUACAGUCAUGUAGUCAUGUUCGGGAAAAAAUCGCCCCCACACACUUGUAUUUUGUUGCUCACUCAGUUGUCCAGUGCCACUCUGUGUAAAUACACACCCAAACACAUGUUGUAAUGUUCAUCUGCUAAGAGUGCGUAACAUUUUCACUUGUUUUCUUCUGUCACUUGGUCAUUCAGAGGCCCUGACGGGACAAAGAUCAGAUCACCCAUUUCAAAAAUGUGAGAUCCAUAGACAGGUGUUUGAAUGUAAUGCUUAAAAAGAAAAAAAAAGAAUAUAUAAAUAAUUUCUUUGCCUUACACAGUCAGCGGAUUGCUGAGUUUUUACAGGACGUGAUUUACUUUUGUAAAUUUUGUAAAUGCUUGAAAGAGAAAUUACUGUUCUUUUGUUUUUGUUUUUUCUUUCUAAGUUUAAUAUUUUUUUGUUUUGUUUCCCCCCCCCUUUUUUUUUUUUUUUUUUUUUUUUUGGGGGGGGGGGGUUUAACGACUGAUGAGGUUGUAUCAGGUAGAAAAUGUUGAGCAGGAGAGCUUAGUAUCUCUGCUUUAGUCGCAAGAAUUUUGUAUUUUCAGUUUUCAACCAGUUCAUAUUAUUUGACUAAACUUGUCAUUUAAGUAGGUUUUUGUUUGUUUGUCUGUUUACGAAAUAUAAGAGCUGCUCCGAGCUGUGGAAAACACUCUGAAAGACACUGAGUCAUGCCCGUAACAACAUUGAUUUAGCUUAAGUGCAGCUUUGCCUCUAUCUGAAUAUUGUCAAACUGUGCUCCGAAGCCACUCUGAGUAAAACCACAGUGUGUGAGUUCAUGAUAAAUAUUUUUAUUUUCUGUUUUGCCUUUUUUUUUUUCCCCCAUAUACUGUAUUUUAGAAUCCUCAAGGUGGGAGGAAUCUAAAACCAUUAAAACUCACAUACAAAUGUAUUUGGUUAAAGAAUUAGUCCUGUCCCUUCCACCAGAUACAUUUACAUGCAGCUUAAUGACGUUUUGUUUGAUUUAUGCUUUUCGUAACCCAGCUAAACUGAUCAUAUCCAGUUUGAAUGAAGCACCAUAGGAGAAGAAAUACUUUAACUUAUUACUGUGCAGACUUUACACAAGACAUGCAUGCACAUUUUGGCCUGCGUGGUCAUAUAUUCAGUCAGUGAUUACAAUUGGUUUUCUUUGCUCCCUAAUGCACCCUGGCACCACAUCUAAAAGGGUGCAGAUCUUCCUCCCAUCUACAAUGUUGGUAGUGCUCUUGUGUGGAUUGCAUAUUUGACUGUUGACUGAUACUCAGACGCCUCCUGCCAGCGACCUCAUUGUCCCAAAGCUGAUGUUUUUACUUCCAGCAUUAGCUUCAGAAUGAUGUGUGUGAGAGGAGAGGCUGUUGCUUUUCCCUUUGUACAUUAUGAUUUUCUCAUGUGAUGGGUUUUUUUUUUUGUUGUUGUUGUUUUUUUUUAAUUUAAUGAGGUCACUGGCAGGUUGAAGGGAUAAACCUAUACUGGCAAGGUUCUUGCUUUGUGUGAGUGAGGAUUCAGAGAAGGUCUCCCACUUUUUGUACUAUCACACAAUGGUGUAAAAAAAUGUAAAGUGUUUAUUGGAUAAUAGUUUUGGAUUUGUUACUGUUUAUAUUUGCAGGAUGUGGAUGUAUUUUCUUCAUGUAUUUUGUUUGUAAAAAUGGAUUUCUAAUUUACUAGCAUGUUUGCUUUUGCCAAUAAAGAUGGAGGAAUUGGGUGCUUAUAAGGCCAUAAAAAAAAAAAAAGAAGAAGAAGGGGGGGAAAAAAACAGAAAACAUACAUAAAUAUAAAUUGGAUCUGGGAGGGAAAAGAAAAGGUAAAGAAAAUGAAAACAUGUCGGCAUUGGCAAGGGGGGGGGAUUUCCAGGCAAAAGCAUUCCAGAAAAUAUGAACCUA